UCACCCUCAUGGUGGCACAGAAAUCCAUGGAGAACGAAGAUGCCGAUUCUGCGAACCGAAUUCUUGGUCUUCUCCUGGCAGCUUUUUCGUGCGUUUUCUUUGCCAUUUCCUCAUUGUUCGUAAAGCUUUUAGGCGAAAUCCCUCCACAAGAAGUAGUAUUCUUCCGUAGCUUGAUUCAACUGAUCUUCUUACUUCCACCCAUUGUGUACAGUAAAGCGCCUGUAUUAGGAGAACUGCAUCAGCUACCUUAUCUGUUCGUACGAGCUUUGACUGGAAGUCUAGCACUCUGUUGCCAGUUCUACGCCUUCCAGCACAUGCCACUGGCUGAUGCUACAGUCAUUGUUUUUUCAUCUCCAAUCUUCACCGGGGUUUUGGCGUAUUUUAUCUUGGGCGAGUCGUGGGGUCUGUUCAAUUUUUUCGGCACUCUCUUAUGCUUCGUUGGGAUCGUCAUGAUAGCACGUCCAACAUUCCUAUUCCCACAUGCUGCUGAUGGAGCCACGUUCAGCAGCAGUAGCUUUCAGCAAGUGACAGCGACCCUGGUUGCUUUGUGUGGUGCUGUGCUCACUUCAAUAGCAUUGAUUACACUCCGCAAGUUGAAGGGAAUCAGCUAUCUGGUACCUCCCCUAUACGUGGCCAUGGCUGGAGUCAUUCUUACACUGGCUGGGAUCUUGGUGACAGGUUCCUUUAAGAGUGUUCAAUGUGGGUCUUAUCAUCAAUGGUUAUUAAUGAUUAUUGGCUUAUGUGGAAUCGGUGGACAGACACUCCUAACAAAGUCCCUCCAGCUCGAGAAGGCAGGAAUUGUGGCUUUAGUGCGAACCCUUGACAUCGUAUUUGCCUUCAUUCUACAGCUCGUAUUCCUGGACUACAAGGCUAACGUGUAUAGCAUUAUAGGUGCUCUGAUGGUAGCUGGUUGCAAUAUCCUGGUGAUUUUGAAUAAGUGGUGCGACAGUCCCGCCUGUUGUAAAGCGUCUGCUGAGCAGCGGAAAAUCGUUGCUUCAGAAGAGCAACAAUUAUAUAAUACUAAUUCCUCCGCGUCACUCAAAGAAAAGUAAACUUGUAACAUGCGGCUGCAUAAGACGUGUGACUUGGUUGGCUAGUAUUUGUUUUUGUAAGAUACUCAUCUUUUAUUAGCCAUGUUAGUGGUACUACCAUUUUAGCCUCGCAUCCUGAUUCCAAGAUAAUUUGAGAAGGAUCCAUCAAAAAAGUAUUUCUUAUUACAGGGACGGUGGAGACCGGGGAGGGGGGCACUUUUUACUAGAAUUACAUUUUCAUUUUGUCUAGGAAUUAGAAAAAAGUUCACCUCAAAACAGGGAGGAGAGGACUGUACCCCUGCAUCCCCCCCUUAAAAACUGUUAAGCCGUACCAGUAUUAACUUCCUUCGUUAACACCAACAGUAUGGCUGUUCGCUUAGAGACUCAUAUUAGACUUAAAUAUAUCUACGGCAGUUUAUUUUCACUCUAGUUUAUUUGCUACAAAAACUAAGUACUAAUUUUACUUCACUCCUAAUAGUGUAACCAAUGAUUGAAUAUAUUAUUGACACAGAUUCGUUUUGAAAAUAUUCGCUAUUCAGGAGUGCUCACUCAUUUUAGUUUUGCCAUUAAAAAAUGCCAAUUGACAAUUGCUGGGUUUCAAUCAGCAUAUAGCUUGCAUUUGUUUCAUUCCCACUUCCUCCUCCCAAAAGCCACUACGCAGGCUACAAUCAGCAUGGUUUGCCAAACACUGACUAUUUGCUAUCAACCAGAAAUAAUCUUACUGAAAAAUUGUGUUUCUGAUAAUGAAUAUUCUUCACGAGACAGGAAAAGUUGUCAGGUGAAACCCAGCAGUACAAAUCAAAAUUGGUCUUUGAAGCGCAUGGGUGGACUGCAGCAUUAAUGUGUGGCAUACUGUUUCUAUUACUACCGUUGUACUGAAGUAUCUUUUUGUCAGGGCCUUUGCAGGCUGUAUAGCCCAAGGCUUUUUCAAAUACAAAUGACAAUAAUGCUGUAAUAAGGUGAUAAUAAUAAAUUACAAAAGAAAUAAUACUAAAAGGAAAGAAAUAUGUAGCAUAUAUUAAAAGUUCAUGCAAUCCUGCUGAAAAUGGGGAAACUAUACAUUGACUUUGAAACAGAUGAGCUCAUAGUCUGGAAGUGAUGUAUUAAAUCGUUAAAAGUGA